AUGAUCACGCCAUCGACGGAUGCGGCUGUCGUAGAAUGCUGCUGCAGCGCGACGGUCACCAGUAAGGUCGAGAGUCAGUCAGUGGCUUUUGGCUUCGAUUUUACUAUGGGCGACUACUGGGAAAAGCAAUUCGAAAAAAUGAUUUAUGUUUUAUGA